AUGGCUGCGCUCGUUACCUAUGUGACCGCCGGCUAUCCCACGGCCGAGGCUACCCCUAAUGUCAUUCUCUCCAUGGAGAAGGGCGGUGCCGACGUUAUCGAAUUGGGCGUGCCCUUUACCGAUCCCAUUGCCGACGGCCCGACCAUUCAGACCGCCAACACCAUUGCUCUCGAGAAUGGAGUCACGAUCGAGUCGACCUUGCAGAUGGUCCGUGAUGCCCGGAAGCUCGGCGUACGUGCGCCCAUCCUUUUGAUGGGCUACUAUAACCCGCUGCUGAGCUACGGCGAGGAGCGCCUUAUGAAGGACUGCAACGAGGCUGGUGUUAAUGGCUUCAUCGUCGUCGACCUGCCGCCGGAAGAGGCCAUCUCGUUCCGCAAGUGGUGCACCCUUGGAGGGCUCUCUUACGUGCCUCUCAUCGCCCCAGCGACCUCGGACGCUCGCAUGCGCAUCCUCUGCAAGCUGGCCGACUCAUUCAUUUACGUCGUCUCCCGCCAGGGCGUCACGGGUGCGCUCGGCACUAUCAAUGCCAACCUACCCGAGCUGCUCUCUAGGGUCAAAAAGUACAGCGGCGACAAGCCUGCGGCCGUCGGCUUUGGUGUCAGCACUCGGGAGCACUUCGUGUCCAUCGCUCAGCUGGCCGACGGUGUGGUGGUUGGCAGCAUGAUUGUCACCACCCUGCAAAAGGCUGCGAAGGGCGAGGAGUACAAGUCCGUGCAGGACUUCUGCUCUUACCUCUGCGGUCGCGCCGCCUCCCCCGAAGACGAGGCUACCCGUGAGGUCGGCAUUAUCGAAGCUGUCUCUGCCGCCCGGGGCACCGAGGCCGAGGCCCACGUCGAUGGCGUUGUUACAGAUACCGAUGAUCUCGUCGCCCAGCUGGCGGCCAUGCACGGCAAGAUCCCUGAGCGGUUCGGCGAGUUCGGUGGGCAGUACGUGCCCGAGUCGCUCAUGGACUGCCUGUCGGAGCUCGAGCAAGGCUUCAACAACAUCAAGGAUGACCCCGCGUUCUGGGAAGAGUAUCGGUCUUACUACCCUUGGAUGGGUCGCCCUGGUCAGCUGCACAAGGCUGAACGGCUGACGGAGCAUGCGGGUGGCGCCAACAUCUGGCUGAAGCGCGAGGACCUGAACCAUACCGGAUCCCACAAGAUCAACAACGCCUUGGGCCAGCUUCUCCUCGCCCGCCGCCUGGGCAAGACCAAGAUCAUCGCCGAGACGGGCGCAGGCCAGCACGGUGUCGCCACAGCUACCGUGUGUGCCAAGUUCGGCAUGGAGUGCACUGUAUACAUGGGCGCUGAGGACGUCCGCCGUCAGGCUCUCAAUGUCUUCCGCAUGAAACUCCUCGGCGCCAAGGUCGUUGCCGUUGAGGCCGGCAGCCGCACCCUUCGCGACGCUGUCAACGAAGCCCUGCGUGCUUGGGUUGUCAAUCUAGAAGACACCCACUACAUCAUUGGCUCUGCCAUCGGUCCCCAUCCUUUCCCCACCAUUGUCCGGACGUUCCAGUCGGUGAUUGGUAACGAGACCAAGGCGCAGAUGCUCGAGAAGUGUGGCAAGCUCCCCGAUGCUGUGGUUGCGUGUGUUGGUGGCGGUAGUAACGCCGUGGGUAUGUUCUAUCCGUUCAGCAACGACCCGAGCGUAAAGCUUCUCGGCGUCGAGGCCGGCGGUGAUGGCGUUGACACGGCCCGCCACAGCGCAACCCUCGCCGCCGGCAGCAAGGGCGUGCUCCACGGCGUGCGCACCUACAUCUUGCAGAACGAGCACGGCCAAAUCAGCGACACUCACUCCAUCUCGGCCGGUCUGGACUAUCCCGGCGUGGGGCCGGAGCUAGCCAACUGGAAGGACACAGAGCGCGCUAAGUUCGUGGCUGCUACCGAUGCCGAGGCCUUCAUCGGUUUCCGCCUAAUGAGCCAGCUCGAGGGCAUCAUUCCCGCGCUGGAGUCUUCUCACGGUAUCUACGGCGCCCUGGAACUCGCCAAGACCAUGCGGAAGGACCAGGACAUUGUCAUCUGCCUGAGCGGUCGUGGCGACAAGGACGUGCAGAGCGUUGCCGACGAGUUGCCCACCCUGGGCCCCAAGAUUGGCUGGGACUUGCGCUUCUAA